UAUACUCCGUAGCAAUGUUGUUGUGAUUCUGAGUUAGUAAGCAAUUUCACAUAGCAGACUUCAAUGGCAACUUCUCACAUUCGCAAUGUCCAAUUAACCAGAGCCAUUGUUAACCGUCUCCACAUCUUCCUCCAUUCCGUAGCCAUCUUCUCGCUCUUCUACUACCGUUUCACUUCCUUCUUCAACUCCGACAUCUCCAUACUUGCUUACUCCUUACUCACCACCGCCGAACUCUUCUUAACCUUUCUAUGGGCUUUUACUCAGGCUUUCCGGUGGCGUCCCGUAAUGAGGGAAGUCUCCGGGUACGAAUCCAUCAAACCCGAACAACUACCGGGUUUGGAUGUCUUCAUUGUCACUGCUGACCCGACAAAGGAGCCAGUUCUGGAGGUGAUGAACUCCGUGAUAUCAUCCAUGGCGUUGGAUUAUCCGGUUGAUAGACUGGCGGUUUACUUGUCGGAUGACGGUGGUUCUCCGUUGUCGAAGGAGGCGAUUAAGAAGGCUUAUGAGUUUGCUAAGCUUUGGAUUCCUUUUUGUAAUAAGUAUAAUGUUAAGACAAGGUGUCCUCAGGCUUUCUUCUCGCCUCUUGCUGAUGGGGAAAGGCUUGAUUGGAAUUCUGAGUUUAUGGCUGAUCAAUUGGAACUCCAGACCAAAUAUGAAGCUUUUAGAAACUAUGUGGAGAAAGAAAGUGGAGAUAACACCAAAUGUACUGCAGUUCAUGAUCGACCUCCUUGCGUUGAGAUUAUACAUGACAACAAACAGAACGGAGAAAGUGAUGUGAAGAUGCCCCUUCUGGUUUAUGUAGCCAGGGAAAAGAGACCUGGUCGUCCUCAUCGUUUCAAAGCUGGAGCCCUUAAUGCUCUUCUUCGAGUAUCCAGUUUAAUGAGCAAUGCACCUUACUUAUUGGUGUUGGAUUGUGAUAUGUACUGCCAUGAUCCAACUUCUGCUCGUCAAUCUAUGUGCUUCCAUCUUGACACAAACAUGGCUUCCUCUCUUGCAUAUGUGCAAUACCCUCAAAUUUUCUAUAAUGUUAGCAAAAAUGACAUCUAUGAUGGCCAAGCCAGAUCAGCUCAUAUGACGAAAUGGAAAGGCAUGGAUGGACUCAGAGGCCCGGUCUUGAAUGGAACUGGGUAUUAUUUGAAGCGAAAAGCAUUAUUUGGAAAGCCUAAUAACGAAGAUGAAUACCUCAACAGUCAACCAGAAAAGGCCUUUGGCUCCUCCACAAAAUUAAUUGCUGCACUAAGAGAGAACUCCAAGCAAAAUCUUGCCAUAAAGGAAUUGACAGAAGAUGAGUUGUACCAAGAGGCUAGAAAUUUGGCUACUUGCACAUAUGAAGCAAACACACUAUGGGGCAGUGAGGCAAGAUAUUCGUAUGAGUGCUUGUUGGAGAGUACAUUCACUGGAUAUAUGUUACAUUGCAGAGGAUGGAAAUCUGUGUAUCUUUACCCAAAAAGACCAUGCUUCUUGGGAUGCACAACGAUUGAUAUGAAGGAUGCUACGGUUCAACUAAUAAAAUGGACCUCCUCAUUACUUGGAAUUGCCCUGUCGAAGUCUAGCCCUCUAACUUUGGCCAUGUCCAGUAUGUCAAUCCUGCAAAGCAUGUGUUACGCGUACAUCACAUUUACAGGCCUUUUUGCAGCUCCAUUGGUUAUAUAUGGUGUUGUCCUUCCAAUAAGCCUAUUGAAGGGCUUUCCUAUUUUCCCUAAGGUAUCGGAUCCAUGGAUUUUGCCAUUUGUGUUGAUAUUUGUAUCCUCCCAUCUUCAACAUCUAUAUGAGGUCCUGGAAAGUGACAAAUCAGCAACACAAUGGUGGAAUGAGGUGAGAAUUUGGAUGAUGAAAUCAGUGACAGCCUGUUUGUUUGGGUUGACGGAAGCGAUAAUGAAGAAGAUUGGAGUACAAACUGCAACAUUCAGAUUAACAAAUAAGGUAGUUGAGAAGGAAAAGAUGGAUAAAUACGAGAAGGAGAGGUUUGAUUUCUCAGGAGCAGCUAUGCUUAUGGUUCCUCUUAAUAUUUUGGUGGUACUAAAUAUGGUGUCAUUCAUUGGUGGACUCAUGAGGGUCAUAAUCAACAACAGUUAUGAUCAAAUGUUUGCACAACUUUUCCUCUCCUUUUUUGUCCUACUUCUUAGCUACCCUGUUGUUAAGGGAUGGUUAUAAAGUAUUAGCAAAAUAAGAUAAGUUUAGAACUUAUUAGAAUUAAGAUUGUACGUACGUGUUUUGUUUUAUGUUUCCACGAUGGUUGAUCUGAUGAUUUUUUCACUCAAUAAAAUUUUGUGAUAAAUUUUGCAAA